AUGAGUGAAGAAGAAACACAAGCAUUGGUUAUUGACAAUGGUUCAGGUAUGGUUAAAGCUGGUAUAGCUGGUGAUGAUGCUCCAAGAUGUGUUUUUCCAUCAAUUGUCGGUCGCCCAAAAAUGCCUGGUGUUAUGGUAGGUAUGGAUCAAAAGGACUGCUAUGUCGGUGAUGAAGCUCAAUCAAAGAGAGGUAUUUUAACUUUAAAAUACCCAAUUGAGCAUGGUAUUGUUACAAAUUGGGAAGACAUGGAGAAGAUCUGGCAUCAUACUUUCUAUAAUGAAUUGCGUGUUGCUCCAGAAGAACACCCAGUAUUACUGACAGAAGCACCAAUGAACCCAAAAGUUAAUCGUGAAAGAAUGACUCAAAUUAUGUUUGAAACAUUCAACGUACCAGCAAUGUAUGUUAAUAUUCAGGCAGUCUUAUCUUUGUAUGCUUCUGGACGUACAACUGGUAUUGUUUUGGAUAGUGGUGAUGGUGUAUCACACACUGUUCCAAUUUAUGAGGGUUAUGCUCUUCCUCAUGCUAUUAUGAGAUUGGACUUAGCCGGGCGUGACUUGACUGAUUUUUUGAUGAAGAUUCUUCACGACCGUGGCUACAGUUUCACAACUACAGCUGAGAGAGAAAUAGUAAGAGAUAUUAAAGAAAAGCUUUGUUACAUUGCUCUUGAUUAUGAGGAAGAAAUGAAAAAAUCUCAGGAGUCUUCUGAAUUAGAAAAGACAUAUGAACUACCUGACGGUCAUGUAAUUACCGUAGGCAGUGAAAGAUUCAGAUGCCCAGAGGCUCUAUUCCAACCAGGUCUUUUAGGUAAAGAAGCUGUUGGUAUCGGUGAGACUACAUUCCAAUCUAUCAUGAAAUGUGAUCUUGAUAUCCGUAAGGAUCUUUAUGCUAACAUUGUUUUAUCUGGAGGUACAACAAUGUAUCCUGGUAUUGGAGAGAGAAUGACAAAAGAGCUCACUACUUUGGCUCCAUCAACCAUGAAGAUUAAGGUUGUUGCUCCACCUGAACGUAAAUACUCUGUAUGGAUUGGUGGCUCCAUCUUGUCUUCUUUGUCUACUUUCCAACAAAUGUGGAUCACAAAAGAGGAGUAUGAUGAAUCUGGCCCAUCAAUUGUACAUAGAAAGUGCUUCUAA